CCCUCCCGUUCCCCGCCCCCGCCCCCGCCUCCGCCGCGGCUCCCGCCUCCGCCUCCUGUCCCCCCGCGCCUCGCCUCCCUCCGGGCUCGGCCCGGCCCCCCCGAGCGGCCGCGGAGACCGCGCAGCGCGGGAGGCGGGAUCCGCACGGGAGGGCUCCUGACCGCACAGCGCCUGGGCGCUGCAGUCCGGUGUUUACUCUUAAGGGGAGAGCGUUUCAAGGGGAGGCUCCGACGUUCAGAAGUGGUCGCGCACGAAUAUUGAUAAUUCCGUGAAACACCGCUCUUGUGCUCCUGCGGAGAGAACGAUUUGUAUGACAGCCGCGUCAGAGCAGACGCUGAACUGCUGAGGACGUACACGCCGCCAGGAAAAAAUAAGUCAGAAUGAGUUAUGCAGAAAAACCUGAUGAAAUCACGAAAGAUGAGUGGAUGGAGAAACUCAAUAACUUGCAUGUCCAGCGGGCGGACAUGAACCGCCUCAUUAUGAACUACCUGGUCACAGAGGGCUUUAAGGAAGCAGCAGAGAAGUUUCGAAUGGAAUCUGGGAUUGAACCUAGUGUGGAUCUAGAAACACUUGAUGAGCGGAUUAAAAUCCGUGAGAUGAUUCUGAAAGGCCAGAUCCAGGAGGCUAUUGCAUUGAUCAACAGUCUCCAUCCAGAGCUCCUGGACACAAACCGGUACCUUUACUUCCACCUGCAACAACAGCACCUCAUAGAGCUGAUCCGCCAGCGUGAGACCGAGGCGGCGCUGGAGUUCGCGCAGACCCAGCUGGCAGAGCAAGGUGAGGAGAGCAGGGAGUGCCUGACGGAGAUGGAGCGCACUCUGGCCCUGCUGGCCUUUGAUAACCCUGAGGAGUCGCCUUUUGGAGACCUGCUUCAUAUGAUGCAGAGGCAGAAGGUGUGGAGUGAGGUUAACCAAGCUGUACUAGAUUAUGAAAAUCGUGAGUCAACACCCAAGCUGGCAAAAUUACUGAAACUCCUCCUUUGGGCUCAGAAUGAGCUGGACCAGAAGAAAGUAAAAUAUCCCAAAAUGACAGACCUGAGCAAAGGUGUGAUCGAGGAGCCCAAGUAGAGUCUGUGCCCGCGGCCCCGUGCUUCCCCGGCUCGGACUCCUCGGAGCAGCUGUCUGGGACUGAAACGUUUUUACUGCAGUAGAGAACUCUACCCUCCCCCACCUUUGUUUUUUGACCCGGCAUCUUUUUUAAAGGGAAAAAUGGCCCUUUUGAGCGCUGGAAAACUUGCAAUGAAUGACGCUGUCUCUUUGGAAGUGUGAUGCAGACUGCUCGGGGUGUGCUCUGAAGGCGUGGAUGGGCCGCGCUCCUGCUGUUGGGCUCCUGCAGGAUCGCACCCGCCACGGAGUGCGCGGUUAUGAGGGCAUAUUGUUAAACUGAGGCCUCCCAUUCAAAUCUACGAAAAGCACUGAUCGUUAUUUUGCUUUCUGUUAGCUUGUAGGCAGAACAUACGUUUUCUCAGAUCUCCUAAGACUCGUCAGGCCUUUGUGCAGAAGUUUUUUCUUACCCCUUGGUUUUUUGUUUUUGUUUUUUCAUAGGAAAGACUAUAUAAAUUUGUAAAUCCUAAUUCAAAGACUUCUUCUGUGUGAGGGCAUUGAGUUUGAUUUGUUUUCCCUUUUGGUCUGGGUUGUGUGGCUUUUGGGGAGAUGUGUGCGUGAGGGGUGGGGCUGUGUGUUUUUUAAUUUUUUAAAUAUAUAUUUUGGUGCUGGUUGUGGUGAGAGACUCUUUUCCUAGUGGAUCAAUGAACCUUCUCUUCUAGGCAGUUUUGUUGAAAAUAAAGGUUUCUCUUUGAUCUCAAGAAUGACCAAAAUGGCCUCUAAAAAGUUUUAAUCAUCUCAAACAAACCUGUUGCUUUCAAACCUGUUGCUUUCGGGGCUUAUGUCCUGGUGGUGAUGGCAGUGGCAUCAGCUCAUCCCUGCGGCCGGAGGGCCCCUUGGCCUGGUGUGGCCCGCGUGCUUGGAAGCAGAUGCGGCGGGGGGAGGGAGCGCCGUACUGCCGGCUGUACCUGGGCCGCAGGUUCCCUGGCUGGGAGUGCGUGCUUGCCUCAGGAGGCUGGCACCGCAGGUUGGUGUGUGCUCGCUGUCUCGUGGUGGUCGUGAGUUCCCAGGCGUCCUCAUUCUGCACUUUCCCAGGUCCCGCCACUGGUGCAGGUACUGGGAUGCAGGUGCCCCUGUGACUCGGAGGGCCAACACGUUGUGUGGACUCACGGCAGGUGCCACUGGGCACAGGUUCUGUAGGGCGACGGUUACAGAGCCAAGUCUCGUGGUGGUGACGGUGCCCGGGAGUGCACAUCCUCUGGUGGGAGCUCCCAGCUGCUGCGGUGGCUGGGACUCUGUCCUCCCUGGGUGGAUCCCGGUGCCAGGACGGAGUCUGGCACCUGGGGCGUCGUGGAGGUAGAUACCAAUGGCGGCCGAAUUGCAGGGAGCAUGUUCCCGCGUCAGGCAGGGUUGGGCAGGCUUGUGGCCAUGCCCGUAGGUCAGGUGGUGUGCGUCUGCUUGCUGGGCCCUGUCCCCACCUGCCUGUAGACCUGGGCAGCAUCGUGAAGGGCUGUCAUGUCAGCUCUUCUCUCACUCCCCGUCUGCUUUCCACCUGCACUCUGGGAGCAGUGGUUUUCUCCAGUGGGCAGGAGCCUGGGGCAGGGUCGGCUGCCCUGGGUGAUCACCGAUGCAGAGGCAAGGUGGUGCAGGCCCUGGGGGCUGUCUGGCCUCUGACUGCCAUUCUGCUGCCCUUGUGGUUUUGUGAGGAUGAAAGGCGGGGGGCGGGGAGGGGGUCUUCUUGACGCCCAGGAGCGGACGUGUUUCCGCUCUGACCGGCUCAGCAGUCCUCUCCAAAUGUGACCUUUCUUUGGGGCCAUUUCCUCUGAGACUUGAGGGUAUUAAGAGCAGAAGGUUUUAGUCUUCAGGUAGUUAAUCGUCACACAGAGCAGAAGAUGGAAGAGAAAAUACCAGCAGAGAGGUGUGGGUAAACCUACAUGUUUGUAAAGCACCAGAGAAUUCAGCAUGUUUCUAGUCAGCUUUUGUUACUCGUGUAUAUAAGAUCAUUUACGUGCAUAAUUAAUAUAUAAUCACCCUGACACGUUUUUCACAUUAGAGGGUGUCAGAUGCGUAGUGACGGGAAGUUCUGUAUGUGGGAGCCACCCAUGAGCCAUCAGGGCCCGGACGGGGUUUGUCACGCGCAGGAAAUGUGAGCAGCUGUAGGACGGAGUGCUGGUGCACGCCCACCUGUUGGGGCCGUGAGUGACGUCACAGGCCGGUGCUGCCGCCAGUGGGAGCCACGUGUGGUCUGAUGGGGACUCUCAGCUGUGCUCCUGUUGUCCUUGCUUCUGUCUGUGGCCUGGGUUUGGGGUUACACCUCCUGUGCUGUCUCUGUCUGGGGACCUCCUUUAGCAGGAGUGGCUUUGUGGACUUUUCCUGUUUGCCACCUUUUUGCAGUCUCUGUGUCUUCAGCCGGCAAACUAAAUUAAGCCAUUUUGAGAUAAUGAACAUUAAGUAUAAUUUGAUUUUUCUUUGUCUCCUUUGGAUCUUGCCGUUGUGUUUAUUAAAAUGUAAUGUUUUACAUAGAUUAUUCUUUUUACGUUUUCUUGUGGAAAGUGCCUUGAAAUAAAUAAAAUUUGAGACUAUUCUGGUACUCUAUGUUCCUGAUAUCAUGAAGUUGUAUGAGGAAUAACCCCUAAUUUGGAAUCUUUACGCAGCAUAGGGAUUAUUGCAAAUCCAACAAGAGCUAAUAUGUUUUGCCGUGUGAAUUAAGGUUUCCAGGGUCUAGAAAAGGCAGAUGUGUUUUGGGACUGGUCUUUGGGAUAGACUGAAGGCCCCGUGUGUGAGUCCUUGGGGACAAGGAGGUGGCUCUUCCCUGCAGUCAGGAUGCCUCUUCCGAGGGCAGUCUUUGUCAGGCAGGGUGAGGUCUGUUUCCUUGGACAGUGUUACUUUGGGGGAGGGGUGGAGCCAGGGGUUUCAGAAAGAACUGUGUACAUUUUGUGUUAAAGGCAAUGGUGUUUUUGGGGUAAUGGGGCAGGACCCGCUUCUGGGAGUUAACGUGGAGUCCCAGCAGGAGCAGAAGGCCAGACCGAAACCAUCAGGGCGGCUGCCUGCCAGCCGCCGGAGACACUGAGCCGUGCACAGUAGGACAUCGGGGGCCAGGCUGCGCAGCCUUAGAAGCCCUAUGGUGCAGCAUUUUGAUAGGUUAUUCUGACACCACGUGCUUUGUUUUUACAGCGGGUAUGUUUCUGUUUCAGAAAUGCGUCGCUUUUUCAGAUUUAAGAGUAAAUUGUAUUGUCCGCAUUGGUCAUGUGACUUUCGUAUGAGCCUCUUUGCACCCCUGGUUCCGAGUCGGCUUUGUUCCUGAGGGCGUGUGUGCCCGCCACAGCAUCUUCUGAAAAAUGCAGAGUAGGUUGCUUUUGCUGUCUGUUCCUAAUUUCAUAGUACAACUUUUAUGUUUUUCUCAGAGGGGUUAUCUGGAAGGUCUUUUGUAUUUUUCCCCGUAAAGAUAUUCUAAUAAGAAUAAAGUAUUCAAUAUGAUACACAUUCCGCUGGAAGCCCAUCUGUGAGAACUGGCGGAAGGAAACAUAGUCUCACGCAUCUUUAUGCUCUGCUGCUCUUCUGUUCCCUCUGACCAGCCCCGUCCGGUGUCGCGUGUGCACCUCUGAAAUCUGUCAUCUGUUCUCUAGAGCUGUGGCCCUGAACUUUCAUUUUGGUGAGGGAAAUAGAUUGGGGCCACCUGCUGCAUGAUUUUAACCUGAAAAGUUAUUUUUUUUAAUACUUACGAAUAUGUCCAGACUUUGAAAGUAGACGGGCUGCUGUAGUGCGCGCCAGGCCCUUCUCCCCGUAGGCUUGUGCCCUGGCCAGCCGGGGCCGUUAGCGCCUCGUGUGAAGGGCAGUUGUGGGACACGUGAAGGAGACUUGGAGUGACAGCUUUCCAGUGCCUUCUAGUGAGUGCGGAAGUGAGGGUGCCUCGUGCUGGAGCAGCGGCAUCACGGGCUGUAGCCCCCACAGGUUUGUGGACACUGGAGAGGGGGAGGAAGCCCCCUGGCACUCUUCCCCAGGCGGUGACGGCAUCUAAGCACUUCUUCACGCCAGCGCAUCCCUCCUUGGAGGAGGCAGUGUGGCAGUUCGUGGGAAUGUCCCCACGCAGAGCACUUGGCACGUGGCUUUGCACUCAACACCAUCUGAGGUGUUUGGCUGGGACCACAGUCCCCAGUGCGUGAGGACUGCCUAUCUUGGAUGUUGUGCCUUAAUUCCAAGAUGCCAUGGAGACGCUUUUCCCAUCCUCAUCAUGACUGACUGCCGUAGAUGUGAAGACAGGGUUUGAUGGGCCUUUGGUGUCUGUGGCUGAGCUGCUCUGCAGGACACUAGGCCCCGGCUCCAGCAGCCUGAGGUCCUCGGGGGUGGGGGGGGGGGGCGGUCUGGGUGAGCUGGUUGUCAUAUCGCUGCACCUGCCGGGCAGAGGUCUUUCUCGUUGCAGGGAGCAUGUGGUAGGGCUGAGACUCCUGCACGUAGGGAAGUCUCCCAGCUGGAAGGCCAGGUGGAUGGGUCUGUUCUGACCGUGGCACAGAAGAAUGUCUGUCGGACUCCUCUAUACUCAGCUCCAACCAAAAUCAUUAGAAGGAGUGAGAGGUGGGGGCAGUGGAUUUAUCUGCACGUACCUUCCCACCUGGCUGCACUCUGAAGCAGGUCAUACUGCAGGCCCCCUGCCCGGCUGUGUACACGGCACAGGCAGGCGGGCGUGCUACGCUGUGUGCCGUACUGGAGCCGGGGGACGAGGAGGCGAGCCUACAGGGACUGCUGGACUCAGGUGUCGGAGCACUGCCUGCCCGGGGCUUCUCCCCCUGCCGUGCGGCCAGACUCCACCUGCAGGCCGGGUCUCCUCUGCUGCAGACCGAGGUGUCACGCAACUGGCAUUCUCCCAACUGGCUUUUGAAAGUGAAGCAAGCCUGAGGAUCAUCGAGAACUCCCAAGAACUCCCGGCUGGGUGGCAGGGGUCCCCGGGGGGCGGGGUGGGGGGGGCAGCAGAAGCACACAGACCCAGGGGGAGGGGGCAGUGCUGGUCCCUGCGUGGCUCCAGACUCAUGGGCCCAGCGAGUCCUUAAUCCCUGGCUGUCCAGGCGUAUUUUUAGUGUGAAACAGACGUUGAACAGCAGUGUUUUCAAGACUCAAAUAGUGAACUCACCAGCACUUUGAAAAGAAUGAACUGUUCCAGAACCUUCAGGAAUUCCACAUGUAGAACCGAUAUUGCAUUAAAUCAUUUAUUAUCAUAAAGCUCAUCUUUCUGGUUUCCAGUGAAAUC